GGUAUCGACAUAAGCCAUCGUCAUAAGAGGAAGGUCAUACGACGCAACGCGAAGAGCGAUGAUGUCUACCUUCGACUUCUCGUUAAACUGUACAAAUUUCUGGGACGCCGAACCCAUGCUAAGUUUAACAAUAUCAUCAAGCGCCGUUUGAUGAUGAGCAGAACAAAUCGUGCUCCAAUGUCUUUGGCACGUUUGGCAAGACAGAUGAAGAAAGCGGGCCGACAGGAUAAAAUUGCUGUGUGCUUGGGGACGGUCACUAAUGAUCUACGCAUGAUGGAAAUCCCCAAAAUGAGAGUAAGUCGUUUGGUUUCUACGCAUUUAAAUAAUGUCCAUUUUCGCUUUUAA